UGUUAGUGUAGGUAAAUAGGAAAACAAGAGAGCGUCUCUCCCUUCAAUUGCACUUGUGUCCGUCUUCUUCAGCACACUCUUGAAGCUUUCUUAAUCAGAAAUUAUUUCUAAUCAGACAGAUCCAUUAACCUCCAGAUAAUGAGUGCUCGGAAGAAGACGCCAUUUCAAAAGCACAGAGAAGAGGAAGAGGCGAAGAAAAAGAGAGCAGAGGAUGAAACUGCACGGUUAUAUCAGGAAUUUGUAGAAUCAUUUCAAGCGGAUAAUACGCCUGGGUCAAAGGCUUUUGUGAGAGGUGGAACUAUCAACCCAAAUGAGAAGCUGAAGAAUGAUUCAGUAGGCCUUUUCUAUCAUUCGCGGAUGGCAGGUGGAAAUUCCAAAGAUGAGGGUUCUGGUAUAAAGAAAGGGAGUAGGUAUGUUCCAUCUUUCAUCCCGCCACCAAUGGCAACAAAGGGUAAAGAAUAUGAAAAGAAAAGCAUCCAGAAAGAGGACAAGCCAAAGGAGAGAGAUAAAGGGAAGUCGAGGAAUAUUGAUCAUUUUAUGGAGGAACUGAAGCAUGAACAAGAAUUGAGGGAGAGAAGGAAUCAAGAUCGUGAAUAUGGCCGUGAUACACGUCAUGGGGACAAUUCUGUGCUAUCUAGCAGGUUCGAUGAACUGCCAGAUGAUUUUGAUCCAAUGGGAAGACCUGGAUCAUUUGAUGAUGGAGAUCCACAGACUACAAAUCUUUAUGUGGGAAACUUGUCACCUCAGGUUGAUGAGAAUUUCCUUUUGCGUACUUUUGGAAGAUUUGGUCCAAUUGCUAGUGUAAAAAUCAUGUGGCCAAGGACAGAAGAGGAACGGAGACGGCAAAGGAAUUGUGGAUUUGUGGCUUUCAUGAAUAGAACUGAGGCUCAAGCUGCGAAGGAUGAGAUGCAAGGGGUGGUGGUCUAUGAAUAUGAAUUGAAAAUUGGGUGGGGUAAAUCUGUAUCUCUUCCAUCACAGGCACUUCCUGCACCACCUCCUGGACAUAUGGCCAUCAGGAGCAAGGAGGGGGCAACUGUCAUUUUGUCUGGUCCUUCUGGUCCUCCAGUAACUUCUGUUCCAAGCCAGAACUCAGAAUUGGUACUUACACCAAAUGUACCUGAUAUAAAUGUUGUUCCUCCUGACGAUGAUCAUCUCCAACAUAUUAUUGAUACAAUGGCUCUCUAUGUUCUGGAUGGGGGCUGUGCUUUUGAACAAGCAAUAAUGGGGCGAGGCCGUGGAAAUCCUCUAUUCAGUUUUUUGUUUGAGCUUGGUUCAAAGGAACAUACUUACUAUGUGUGGAGGCUUUAUUCAUUUGCUCAGGGUGAUACACUUCAGCGAUGGCGAACGGAACCUUUUAUCAUGAUAACUGGUAGUGGAAGAUGGAUACCGCCUUCAUUACCAUCAGCAAAAGGCCUGGAGCAUGAAAAGGAAGCUGGGAACACUUAUGCUGCUGGGAAAAGCAAACGUGCGGAGAUGGAACGGACACUGACAGAUACCCAAAGAGAUGAAUUUGAGGACAUGCUACGUGCAUUGACAUUGGAGAGAAGCCAGAUAAAAGAAGCCAUGGGAUUUUCUCUAGUUAAUGCUGAUGCUGCAGGAGAGGUGGUUGAAGUAUUAACUGAGUCUUUGACUCUUAAAGAAACUCCAAUUCCCACAAAAGUUGCUAGACUCAUGCUAGUCUCAGACAUCCUGCACAAUAGCAGCGCUCCUGUGAAAAAUGCAUCUGCUUAUCGCACCAAAUUUGAAGCAACUUUACCAGACAUUGUGGAAAGCUUUAAUGACUUGUAUCGUAGUGUAACUGGACGAAUUACAGCUGAAGCCCUUAAGGAGCGUGUUUUGAAAGUUCUUCAAGUAUGGGCUGAUUGGUUUCUGUUCUCGGAUGCAUAUGUCAAUGGAUUGCGAGCUACCUUUCUUCGAUCUAGUAACUCAGGUGUAAUACCGUUCCAUUCUAUAUGUGGUGAUGCCCCUGAGCUAGAGAGGAAGGUUGGUUCUGCAGAAGCAGGUGAUGGGGAAAAGUUCAACCAAGAUACUGCUUUAGCAAUUGGUAAAGGAGCUGCCAUGAGAGAGUUGUUGAGUUUGCCCCUUACCGAAUUGGAAAGACGUUGCAGACACAAUGGGUUAUCUCUGGUUGGUGGAAGAGAAAUGAUGGUUGCUCGACUGCUUUAUCUGGAAGAGGCGGAAAAGCAAAGGGGCUACGAAUUAGAUGAUGAGUUAAAGUCUUCUCAUAGCCAGUCAAGCUCUGGAAGAUACCCAAGUGGACAGAAGGAACUAAACUCGGAAAUGGAUCUGGGGAAAAUAUCAGUAAGGGGUAGUAAUAUGGAUGAUAAUAUGCAGUCAAUGGGGAGAGGAACAAUGCUUUCCUCCCCAAAUCCGCAAUCUGACAUUAACAAUAGUGAAGGAAAAAAUGAAUCAAUUCUCCCAUCCUCUAAGUGGGCUAAAGAGGACGAGGAAAGUGAUGAGGAGCGUGAUAGAAGCACUAGAGACCUGGGGUUGACUUAUUCAUCUUCUGGUAGUGAGAAUGCUGGUGAUACUGUCUACAAAACAGAGGAGCCUGAGCUUAUUACUGAUGCCACUAAUUCAACACAUCUAGAUAGUGUGAUGAAUGAAGAGCAGAGACAAAAAAUGAGGCGUCUUGAAGUUGCUUUGAUGGAAUACCGUGAAUCCCUUGAAGAACAGGGGAUAAAGAAUCCUGAGGAAAUCGAGAGAAAAGUUGCUGUGCGCAGGAGGCGGCUGCAGGCUGAAUAUGGUCUAGUCGACUCAAAUGCUCAUGCGUCAGGCAAAAAGAUAUUGUCUGAGAGGAAGGAGCCACGAGAUGACUCACGUGAGCUAUCAAAAAAGCGUCGCCGUAGCCAAAGCAGAAGCCGAAGCCCUCAAUGGAAAUCAUCCAUCCGAGACAGAGAUAGGGAGAAUGAUGUGAACAGAGACCGGGACAGACGGCGUGAACGGGACAGACCACACGAGAUGGAUAGUGAGAGAGGAAGGGAGCGGGAUAGGGACCAUGACAAGAGUGGCAGCAGGGAGAGGGAUGAUCACGAUAGAGAAAGGACCCGCGAGAGAGAUAGAGAUAGGGAAAGGAGGAGGGUAAAAUGAAGUCGCUGACAAAUGAGAGAUCAUGUGAAGAUUACUUGGAAGAAUACUCGAAUACGGUGAAGUUUGAACUAAUAUUUAGAUUGUCAAAUGAAAGUUAAAAGACUUUUGCUUGAUCAGCUUUGAAACCUUCCUUGCAAACACGUAGCAAAGUGCUUUUCAUUUCAAGCACGACAUUUAUUGUUUUUAUUGAUCGCAUAACCAGGUUAGCAGUUUUGCUGUUGGAUCUAUGGAUUAUUUGAAUUUUUUUGGGGCAUUUUGCGUUGGUAAAUGGUACAGUACUUUUUUGGUCAAA